GCCGAGCGGCAAGCCAACGCUGUUAAUAAUCACAAUCAGUUAUUUCGCGAACAUAGCUCCAAUCGAAAAGUGUUUGGAUUUCAUUUCGCGAGCGCGUUUUCUUAAACGUAUUUUAUUUUAGCCAAAUUUUACUCCCAAAAGGUCUCCUAAGACGCUUAUUGUUGACACGUCCGCAGCACCCUUCGCGUUCACGUUGGCGUUAGGAAUCGUGAAAUGUGGCACCUGUCCUACCGGCUGAUAACCCGUGGACUCCAACGUCCGAACAGCUUUGGCUACCGAAACCAGUGUCUCAGGCUGCAAAGUGCAGCGAAUCAAUUCAACGGAAUUGUUCAAUUGAGCGCUGAUUGCGGCCGGUGCCAGGGUGGUGGUUCCGCUGAUAAACGGAGCAGUAGUGUUGCGGUUAUUGGAGGACGACGGCCAAUCGUGAUGAGUUCGAGAAAUGCCAGUUCAAAAUCGGCUCCGGUCGAUAUUCGAGUGUACGGUUUGACGAGGAAUAUGCACUUCUAUAGUUCGACCAGAAGCAAGUGGAACAAGGACUCCAAGACCUUGAGGCUAAAGGAACAACUGGACAAGCCCCUGGUGCUGAUGCUCGCAUGGCUGCAAGCAUCGGAGAAACAUCUAGCCAAGUACGCCGAGUUCUACAUCGAGCAAGGUUUCGAAGUCCUCGUAGCCCACAUCAGCCCAUGGCAACUGAUGUGGCCCGUGCACGGAUCGCAAGCCGUAGCCAACGAUAUAGUGAAAUUUAUGCGAAACAACGAUCUAAACCGAGGAGUGGUUCUGCAUGGAUUCUCCGUCGGCGGUUACCUGUGGGGUGAAUGUCUAGUCAAAAUCAACGAGGAUGAAUCCAACAAACCGGUACUCGACAAGAUCAAGGGACAAAUUUGGGACAGUGCAGCUGACAUUACUGAAAUCCCGGUUGGAGUUCCGCACGCCGUUCUGCCGAAAAAUCCUACCCUGCAAAGCGCAUUACGAGGCUACAUAACCUACCACUUGAAGCUUUUUCAUGAAGAAGCCACGCAGUAUUACGAAAAGUGCAACAACCUGUACUUUUACGAACCGGCACGAUGUCCGGCGUUGUUGUUGGUUUCCAAGACAGACCCGGUCGGAACGGAGUCCGCCAACAAACGGCUCAUGGAAGCUUGGGAAACGGUUGGCGUUAAGACUACGAUGAAGUGCUGGGAUCGUUCGCCGCACGUUGGCCACUUCCACAAGCAUCGCGAGGAGUACAUCGACCAGUUGCUAACCCAUCUAAGCACCCUCAACAUUGCGGGCUAUUUUCCGAAAGCAAAGCUGUAACCAAAAUUCAUCGUUCCAUGACCUGUGAUAAGAAUCGAUAAAACGAACAAAUCUGGCCCAGCGAAAAAUCCAAAAAUAAACGUUCCCUUCCUGUUGUUAACUGGCCACUGUUUCGUGCGUUCCACUCCCCCGCUC